AUGAGCUCACAUUCUACCAACGGUUCUGGAGCUGCUUGCAGCUUGCCUUUUGAUGUUGACGUCUGCAGCCUGGAAUCCCAUUAUCGUCUGAUCUUAGAAUCUGUUCUGCGAUCAGAGUCCUCCUUAACUCCAUCGAGUGUGUUGAGUACUUUGAAGAAACAAAUUGAAAAUAAAAAUAAGGCCAUAGAGGAGCUACAACAUGAAAACAAGUCUUUAAAGAAGAAAAUUAAAGAAGGAUGCAAGCAGUGUAGUGUCUUGGAAGCUGAGGUAAAUGGAUUACAUGCACAGAUCAAAAAUGAUAAAAUGCAGCAUGAAGAAACAAUUAGCAGCAUACAAGUGGAGAUUGCAAAUGCAAUAUUUAAGGAAGAAACUCUGUGUGAAGAGGUUCAAAAGCUAAAGUUAGCAUCUGAUGAAGCGAUAAAGCUGCAGAAAGAAACUGAUGUUAAAUGUCAGCAUAAGAUUACCGAAAUGGUGGCACUGAUGGAAAAGCAUAAGCAUCAGUAUGAUAAACUGAUUGAAGAAAAGGAUGGAGAAUUGUGUCAGCUCCGAGCAAAAGAACAGGAAACAAUUUGUUCAAGAGCUUUACUGGAAAAGGAGCUAUCCAGCAAAAAUAAUGAAAUAUUCAAGUUCAAAAGAGAGCUUCAAAAUGAAAAGGAACAUAAGGAAAAACUUGAAAAGGAGAAAAUACAACUAAAGACAAAUAUGAAACAUAAGGAGGUUCAGACCUUUAUUGCAGAAACUCCAAAGCAGUCAUCCAAAAUAGGAAGUAUACAGACUUCUUCCUCUUUUUCAAAGAGAUCAACUCUUGCAGAAAUAAUAUCACAAGGACAGCCUGACAGAAAAUCUGAUAACAAGAUUUCAUCUCCAUGGACCAAUUCAAAGAGCUGCAAUUACACAGUUCCAAAGACAUAUUCUGUGAAGACCCCACCAAAGUUUGCCAAUUUACCUGACCAUUUAAAUGCAUGUCUUCAAGAUCCAGCAAAGAAGAAAAGAAAGGUUUCCGUUGAUUUUGAAUUCCAUUCUGAUAGCUCUGACAAUGCAGAUAUUCUGGGAUUAUACAAAAAUGACGGCAUUUUCAAAAGUUUACAUGUGGCAUCACAUGACACCCCAUGCCCCUAUACAGCAACUCCAAGAAAGACUCUCACGGUAUCAUCUAUAAAGCCCAGUAUUGACGUCAAAGUCUCAACUAUGAAAAAUAUGAGUCAAUCUGACUGGUCUGCUUUUCCCAAAGUAGAUCGAAGACGAAAAAUGAAAGCUGCUUAAAAAAUAUUUUAGUGAAAUCUGCGGAACCUGCCUAGUUUUAUUCUUUAUGGUUUGAAAUUUUAAAGAUAGUUGCAUUUUCAUAAUGUUUAUACUAGUUUUAUUUAGAGACAUUUCUUUGAAUGUAUGCCUUCAAUAAAGAGGCGAUAGCUAAAAUCGUUUUUAAAGCGGAGUUCCACCAAAAAAUGGAACUUCCGUUUUAAGGCCUGUAAGCCUGAUAUUCCACAUUUG